AUUUUAAAAAAUCUCAUCUUAAUUAUAAAUAUAUGCACAUGCAAACUCAGGGGUUGAUCUCAUUAUAAGUCUUUAAUCUCAUCUUUCCAUUUUCAAGAAGACUUUUUAUAUAUCUGUCUCUCUCUAUCUCUUUGUACAUAUACAUAUAUAGAUAAACUUGCAUAUAUAUGGCUACUGAAACAUCUUCUUCUUUGAAGCUCUUUGGUAUAAACCUACUUGAAACGACGUCGGAUCAAAACCGGUCGCCCGAGCCAAGACCCGAGUCACGUAAGUAUGAGUGUCAAUAUUGUUGUAGAGAGUUUGCGAACUCUCAAGCUCUUGGUGGUCACCAAAACGCUCACAAGAAAGAGCGUCAGCUUCUAAAACGUGCACAGAUGCUAGCCACUCGUGGUUUGCCACGUCAUCAUAGUUUUCACCCUCAUACGAAUCCGCUUCUCUCUGCCUUUGCGCCGCUGCCUCAUCUCCUCUCUCCGCCGCAACCUCCGCCGCAUAUGAUGCUCUCUUCUUCUUCUUCUUCUUCUUCGAGUUCUAAGUGGCUUUACGGUGAGCACAUGGCGUCACAAAACGCCGUUGGUUAUUUUCAUGGUGGAAGAGGACUUUACGGCGGAGGGAUUGAGUCUAUGGCCGGAGAGGUUAAAGCUCACGGUGGAUCUUUGCCGGCGAUGAGGAGGUUCGCCGGAGAGAGUGAUCAUAGUAAUGGAGUUAAGUUAGAUAAUGGUAUUGGGCUUGAUCUCCACUUAAGUCUUGGGCCAUGAAUAAUUUGUAUUUUGGCCCAGUCAAAAUUUGUAAAUUACUACUAUUCGGAUUUCAUUUUUACAGAGUAAUAUUUUUUUUUUUUUUAUCUUAAUUUCAGUUUAAGAUUAGUGAUAUUUUUUAUCUUAGUUCAAAAAAAUCUCAUAUUCUAUGUAUGCGUUUGCUUCACUUUUUUUUUUAAAAAAAAUCAUUCUUCUUGUAAAAAUGCAAUGUGAACUAUCUUCCCUA